AGCUUCGCAUCCAUCAUGUACGAACCAAAGAUUGCGGCAAUACUUUCGUUACUAUUAUUUAUCAGUUUGUCUUGCGCCCAACAACAGUGUACUAGAUUCUUUGAUUUGAUCCCAAACCGAACGGUUAAUAUAACCAGUUUCAAUUACCCCGGUGCUAUACCAAGUGGUAGCAACUGUCGGUUUCGCUUGAAAGCGCCCAGUAAUCACGUGAUCUAUUUGAGCUGUCGAUUUGAGUUGUUUCCUGACACCUGUGGCUCGGAGUUCCUGUUCAUCUCCCGCGACGGCGACUUGCAGUUUCGCGAUGGCGAACGGUACUGCCGCAUGGGCCAGGUCAAUCGGAUGUCCAACUUCCAAAGCAUGGCCUUCGCCUACUAUUCCAGCAGUCCGCAGACCCAGCAGCGAUCCAGACUCAAUUGCCAGGCAGUGGCUCGUCCGGCGCCCUGCGAUUGCGGCUGGUCCUUGCCAAAUCGCAUAGCCAACGGGGUGGAGGCGGGCAAGCACGAAUUCCCCUCAAUGGUGGGCCUCAGAGAUCUGGCCUCCAACCUGCCCAUCUUCUGCGGCGGCAGCAUAGUCAGCGACCGGUACAUCAUGACCGCUGCCCACUGUACCGCUCGCCAACCAGUGGCCAGUCGUCUAUUGGCGCUGGUCGGGGAGCAUGACUUGAGCACCGGUAGCGAAUCAAUCUAUGCGGCGCAGUACCGCAUCCAAAAUAUCAUCAACCAUCCUGGCUACAUGGAAACGGAAUCGGGCAAUAUAAAUGACAUAGCCUUGCUCCAGACGGCAACGCCCAUUGAAUGGUCUCGCGGAGUGGCUCCCAUCUGCCUCCCCAUUCGACAGGCGGAGAGCAGCUUCAGCUACCAGAACGUGGACAUAAUGGGCUGGGGAACCCUGGGCUUCGCUGCCUCCAAGUCGAACACCCUGCAAAAGGCCACCCUGCUGACCAUGGACAAUGCCGUCUGCCGAAGCCGCUUCAACUCCAGCAUAGCUCCCAGCCACCUCUGCACCUACGAUGCUGGCGGCAGGGGCCAGGACUCGUGCCAGUACGACUCCGGCGGCCCGGUGAUCCUGCGUCAGCGGGAGCGGAUGUUCCAGCUGGGCGUGAUCAGUUUCGGCCGGGCCUGCGGUCAGCCCUUUGGCAUCGGUGUCAACACUCGGGUCACUUCGCACCUCAACUGGUUGUGGCGCUACAUAGGCGGAUCUGUGUGUGUGCGUUAAGGAUGUGCUUGAAUGAUGCGGAUGAAUGACCACACUUGUGCACAGAGGGAAACAAUAUGGGCCAUAAAUUAAUUUUACCAAAUAUUGUUAGUAGCAUGAAUUCUAUACAUUGGGUACAUAUGUAUAUGAAUUUGACUUCAAUAUAUGGUAAAAUUAAAAAGAGUCUUUUUGUAAAAUCAUACACACCAAGAGAGAAUGUUAUAGACGAUGUCCCAACUUUAAAAUUUCCAUGGGCGUGCGAAAAUACAGUUAGGAGUUUUUUUUUAAAUCUAAUCUAAUCUAAAUUUAAGGCCUUAUAAAUUUCUAUCGAUAUAUUGGCCACGCCUACAACCCGCCCAAUCGCCACGCCCACACUUUUGAAUAUUUUUUUUGAUAUCAUUAUAUUUUUGUCAAUUUCUAUCAAUAUGCCAAGAAGAAUCUUGAACUUUCUUGUUCGCACUGCCCCUAGCUGAGUAACGGGUAUCUGAUAGUCGAGGAACUUAACUAUAAUUUACUCUCUGGUUUUGUCUGUGUUUAUAUUACUUUACUUAUGUAAAUAAUUCAUGUCCACAAAAUAUCUG